UCACAUUACAUAAUGUCACAACUCACAACACAAGACAUAAUCUCCACCAUUAGACACUAGCCCAAUAUCCACCAAUCUUCCUUCUAUAAAUACCCAUUCCACAGAGUGAACACACCCGUGAGAGAAGGUAGCUAGCCAUGGACACAACAUUGCUCCUCAAACUACUCACUCUUGUAGCUCUUUUUGGUGCUCCUUCAUGCUCAUCAGCUUCAGAUCAUCUCAUAGAUGCAUCCAAGUUGAACAUGUUUGUCGAUGACCUUCCUCUUAUACCCACAAUUCCUGCCUUCCAUGUUUCAGAUGGCGUCCCAAAAUCCAAGUCUCUCGAGAUUGGCAUGUUCAUGAAGAAAUGGAAAUUCCACAGGGAUCUCCCUCCAACAAGAGUGUAUGCUUUCGGAAGAAGCGAACAGGAGGCAACAGUUCCAGGUCCAACGAUCGAGGCCCUUUACGGCGUUGACACAUAUGUGACGUGGCAAAAUCAGCUCCCUCCAAAGCACAUACUUCCGUGGGACCCAACGAUUCCAACGGCCAUCACAAAGAGAACACGUGGCAUUCCGACAGUGGUCCACCUCCACGGCGGGACCCACGAGCCAGAAAGCGACGGAAACGCGAACGCAUGGUUCACAGCAAAGUUCGAGGAAAAGGGACCCACAUGGAGCAAGAAAACGUAUCACUACCCAAAUAAUCAACAACCGGGAAACCUAUGGUACCACGACCAUGCCAUGGGGUUGACCCGAGUCAACCUUCUCGCUGGCUUACUUGGCGCCUACAUCAUUCGCCACCCCGCCAUCGAGGACCCGCUAGGGUUACCCCGCGGUGACCAAUUCGAUCGACCGUUGAUCGUGUUCGAUCGCAGCUUCCGCACCGACGGUUCCAUCUUCAUGAACUCCACUGGGAACAACCCUUCCAUACACCCCCAGUGGCAGCCUGAGUAUUUCGGUGACGCUAUCAUUGUCAACGGCAAAGCCUGGCCGCGCCUCACGGUACGACGUCGUAAGUAUAGGUUCCGCAUAAUCAACGCCAGCAACGCCAGGUUCUUCAGAUUCUUCUUCACCAACGGCCUCAGAUUCACACACGUGGCAUCUGAUUCCGCUUAUAUCCCAAACCCUGUAACGGCCAACCAAACCCUGGUGGGGCCAUCUGAGAUCACAGAUAUAAUUGUUGACUUUUCUCAAUCCAGGAGCAACGUUGCCAUUCUGGCUAACGAUGCACCCUAUCCUUACCCUUCUGGUGACCCCGUCAAUGAGGCUAACGGAAAGGUCAUGAAAUUCAUCAUCCUACCUUAUCAAGAACCUGACACGUCACGGAUCCCUAAACGCUUGCUGGAAUACCCUGCUCCAGAUUUAUCCAGUGUGGCGCGCACACGCUACGUUGCUAUGUACGAGUACGUUAGCGACAUUGACGAGCCCACUCACUUGUACUUAAAUGGAAAACCGUUUGAUGCAGCGGUUACGGAGACUCCGAAGGAGGGGUCCACAGAGGUGUGGCAUGUGAUCAACUUGACGGAGGAUAAUCACCCGCUUCACAUUCAUUUGGGUUUGUUGAAGGUGUUGGAUCAGACGGAGCUAGUGAAGUUGGAUGAGUUUAAGGAAUGCAUGACGAAAAUCAACGACGCGGUCAAGUGCCACGUGGAGCAAUAUGCGCGUGGGAAGAAAGUGGACGUGCCGGCACAUGAGAAAGGGUGGAAGAAUGUGUAUAAGAUGAUACCCGGCUAUGUGACAAAGAUUGCGGUCAGGUUUUCUUACAUACACACCAACUCGUCCUAUGAGUUUGAUGCAACAGCAGAGCCUGGUUACGUGUACCAUUGUCAUGUCUUGGAUCAUGAAGACAAUGCUAUGAUGAGGCCCUUGAAAGUCAUCAAGUGAUACCAAACCAAGAUUUGCAUCAAUUCCGUGGAAGACACAGAGAUUGGGCAAUUCUUAGAUAAUUCGUAUACAUGCAACAAAUAUUUAUAAUUUGCUAGAGACGUUUCAUAAACAAUUUCUAAGAAAAGCAUUUGCUUAUUUUGCCAUCGUUUUCUUUUUCGGGUAAAUCUAUACCUAUUAUAAAAGAGAUAUCGAGAAUACAUAUUUUUUACUUUUUAGUAGGUCAUAAUAUUCCUCUAAUGUGAAAAAACAAAAAAUCUUAUAUGUUUUUUAAUAAUUAUACAUAAUUUUUUAAUAUUUUAUUUAUGUAUAAAUUAAGUACUAAAUGUCUAUCUUUAUAGAAAUAAAAACCAUUUCUUUUGUUCUAA